AUGGUUAAAAAAUCGACAACAAAAACCGCCGAGCCGGAUUUUCCUAGUAAUGAGAUUCUCAUGCAAGAGGAGGUCGUUCUGAAUACUUAUGAUGAAUGUACUGACUACAUCGAGUACGACGACACAAAAGAGUUCUCGAUUCCUGAGUACUGUGACAACAUCCACGUGGCAAUGGUCAACGAAUCCGAGGAUAAAAUGACUCUAGAAUUCGAUAUCACCCACAUCGAAGCGCCCAUUGCCAACGCUCUCCGUCGUGUUCUCAUCGCCGAAGUUCCGACAAUGGCUCUCGAAAAGAUCUAUCUCUAUCAGAAUACUUCUGUAAUUCAAGACGAAGUACUCUGCCAUCGUCUGGGUCUCCUUCCACUUUGUGUCGAUCCACGUGGAUUCCAAUUUCCAACGGAGAAAGUCGUUGGAAUCAACGAGAAAGGAGUGGAUUGUGAUGAGGAGCCUGCGGGAGAUGCCACACGGAAUUUGAUCUUCAAAAUCAAUGUUUCGUGUACGAAGAAUCGAAACGCCCUGCCAAACUCCACCGAUCCGAAAACUCUCUACCAUCAUAGUUCCGUCUAUUCUGGCUCCUUCGCGUGGGUUCCAAUUGGAGAUCAAAAAUCGAACUACACAGAUUCAACGACUCCGCGAAUGGUCACUGAUGAUAUUCUCGUCGCCAAGCUCCGCCCAGGACAAGAAAUCGAAGCGAGUUGUCACGCAGUGAAGGGAAUCGGUCGAGAUCAUGCAAAGUUCUCACCAGUCGCCACGGCUUCUUAUCGAUUGCUCCCAACGAUUCGAUUGAAUGCUGAAAUUACGGGAGAAGCUGCCGAAAGACUCAAAUCGGUUUUCAGUGAAGGAGUUAUUGAGAUUGAGAAGAAGGGAUCAAAGCGUGUCGCCGUUGUGAAGGAUGCUCGUAAAGACACUUGUAGUCGUAACGUUUUCCGUCAUGAGGAUUUGGCGAAGGUUGUUCAACUCGGAAAGAACAAGCAACAUUUCAUUUUCAGCGUCGAAUCAACUGGAGCUCUCAAAUCGUCGGAAUUGGUGGUGGAAGCGUGCAAAGUAAUGGAAACCAAGUGUCGAUCACUCCGUAAACAGAUUCAGGCGCUCAUCAAGUGA